AUGGGCGACUCUUCACCCCGUCGUAGCUCACGCCAUGUGAACAGAAGUAAGCCGCCUGCAUGGGCUUUGGCUGAGAUCCGGGACGAUUCCAAGGACGACCUAGGACGCCAGACCCCUUCAGGCACCGCUCCAGUGAUCGCGGCCAAUGGUUCUGCUCUCCAAGGAGUAACAUCCAAGCCAUCUAAGAUGACUCACCCGUCGCAGUUCACGUUCAAGAAGGAGCUGGGAAGCGGAUCAUGGUCGACAGUUAUGGAGGCCACCCAUGUUGCGACGGGCAAACCAUACGCUGUCAAAAUCCUGAGCAAGGCGCAGCUAAUCAAGCUGAAGAAGGUCAAGUACGCGACGGCAGAAAAGGACGCUUUGGUGAAGUUGUCAGGGACACACCCUGGGAUCGUGAGGAUGCACGCUGCUUUCCAGGAUGAUACCUCUCUCUACUUCGUACUAGACCUCGCUCCCCAUGGCGACUUGGCUGAUCUAGUAAAGAAACACGGCUCGCUCUCUCUACGGAUGGGCAUGGUGCACAGGGACUUGAAGCCAGAGAACAUGCUGCUGGAUAGCGAACUGCGGAUCAAGCUGACGGACUUCGGUUCAGUAUAUGUAUCGCCUGACGGCGACCUUUCACCUCGGGCCAGUACAUUCGUCGGGAGCGCAGCAUACGUCUCGCCCGAGCUCCUCAACCGAGCCUCGAAGACGACUAGCAGCAGUUCCGAUAUAUGGGCCAUCGGCUGCUCCACGUACUUCAUGAUCGCCGGCACCCCAGCCUUCGCAGCGAUCAACGAUUACCAGAGCUUCCGCAAGAUCGAGGCGCUCGACUACACAUUUCCUGAAGGGUUCUACGACAUUGCCAAAGACUUUGUGCAGAAACUAGUGGUGCUCGACCCAUCCGACCGUCUGGGGGUCGAGCCCAAGUCGUCCCCGUCCGAACUACGCGGUCACCCACUGUUCACGGGCCUCGCAUACUCCACGACUCCAGAAGAGUCCGACGGCACACCAGUGCGCUGGGAUACCCUCUGGACCGAUCCACCGGUACCUCCAGAAACUGGGAUUAUUGGGCCUGCCCCUACCGCCGUGAUCCCGGAGGCCGAGGACGACAGCCUGUGGGACAACGUCGUGCACGAGUUUAGCCUCGUGGAUGUGAAGUCCGCACGCGCAAAUGCAAACGUGAACGGGGGACCCUUCUCCCCGAGCGAUCUGCUGAUGCCUACUGCUGGGCCGGUGGACGUGCCUCCUGGUGCGGUACCGACGGAGGUCGUCGAGACUGUUGCGGUGGGGAAUGCACGAAGGUCGGAGCAUGAUGGGGUUGCUGACGGCGAAGGCAAUGCGGCCGCUAAGUAUACCGUCGACGGGCACGCUCGGGCUGUCGCUGCUGUCAACGACGGCGAUCCCGCCCGCGGUGAUCUUGGACACGUGGCCGAUUCGAUACUCAUGGAGAAGGACUGGUAG